AUGUCACAACACCCGCAUACAAACGGUGGCCACGGCAUGCCCCACCAUCAAGGCGGCCAACAAGCACAACAGCCUCAGUGGACGAACGGGCAAGCCCUUCCUCCCGCCGUGCCGUCGCCGUACGACGACCCCGCCAGUCUCCUUGCCGUCUACCCGUUUGCGACGUACACGCCAACUGCACGAGUCGCUGGCCACUUUGCACCCCACACCAAGACCUACACCGCGCCUUCCUCAUCGUCAACACUGUAUCCCCAGUAUGCGUCGGCGUUCGCGCGUAUGGACGCGCCGCAGACUGAACAGGACAUGGUGAUGAGGCAGGAUGCAGAGAAGCGCAUCUCCUCCCUGCUGCAGGGACCUAGCUAUGGCAACCAGCCCUACGUCACCCCCAGCGUUAUUGAGAGUCGAUACGCGCAGGCCAUCCCUGGUGGCUCAUACGGACAGCAUGGUCAGCCUUCCAUGUCGUCGCACGCGCCAGGAAGCCAGUUUGGGACUCCCACAUCUGCACCUUCAGUCAAUGGGCAGGUAAACGCGGAUCCCACCGCGGCCGCAAACCCCUUCGCCUAUGAGGGUGGGUUCCCGGCUGCUGGUCCAUCGUUUGGCGCGUCACAGGCCGUGUCGGCAGGCCCGUCUGCGCCCCAGCAUCCAGGCGUCUUCAACCCAUCUGCGACUCAGCCUAUGCCGUACUCCUUUCUUCCCCCCACUCCGCCGACCCCAACCCAGCCGCCAACACCGAACUCCGCAGCUGCUUCACCAGCGGCGUCUGGGAAUGAUAUCAACUACUUUGAGAAUUACAUCAACAGGACUUUACAGAUCCACAGCCCAUCGGCGUCGCGAGCAGCAACGCCCUCUCGUCCUGCCGCGCAACCCAGCUUCGACUCGCCCGAUCCCCUCUCGAUGACUGGGCCGUCCCCCACAAAGAAGCACAAGUCUAACUCUGCCUCUCGUCAUGAGUCACCUACGCCUCACCAUGGUAACCAGCUGGCGCGACACUCAUCUGGCGUAAUGCUUUCGCUCCCCCAGUUCACGCCGGAAGCCAAGAAGGCGUACAAGUCAAUCUCCAGCUUAUCUGAUCCUCAGCGCUCGACGAUGUCAAUACACUCGACUCCACAGUUUAGGCGCGAUGAGUCGGAUGAGGACGACAUUGACUGGGGCCACGGCGCCCGAGACGACGCCGAUGGAGACUGGACCAUGCACACGCAAGAGGCACCCCUUACAGUCGCCCCACCAAGUGGACGAACCGGCGACAAGGACCAUCGCACGGCUUUACAGAAGCUGCACAACCUCCUCGAGGACAUCUUUGAGGAAUCUGACUCUCUCCCUGCCAACCCAUCUACAGACGACAUGGUCAGCGCGCGGUAUUUCAAUGGUGUCUCCAACGAUGGUGUCCAGGCCCUGCUCUCGGUGGCGACCAUGGAAAAGGUUAUUCGCUAUGUCACCCGUCUUCAGGCAAGCAUGAAGCGUCAACGCGCUAGAGCUGGCCCAUACGACGGAUCAUGGGACGUCGACAGUCUCACGAGGCUCUUCAGGAUGCUCGAGAAGAUCUUGGUCGACGCCGAGACCCUCAAUCCCUUCCCGAACAAUGGUAGCAAGACCACUGUCAACGCCAACCCUUCGCCACGCAAGAAGAAGUCUUCAAAGAAGGACGCUGGGGAGGACAGGGAUGCGGAGCCUACACCAGAGCAGGCGAUGACUGAGGACGAGCUGGACAGUGCCGAGCAGCGCUUGGCCACCAUGAUGACGGCUGCAUCAGCCGCACUUUGUGUCCUAGCUGUUCUCGACUGUGACACUCUUCCAAAGCAUCUCUACUCAGAGGACCUCCUGCAGGUCGCCGUCCAGACUGUCCGUGACCAGAUGGCCAAGGUUCUCUUCCCGGUCGUGGAGGGCUUGGCGGGUGAACAAAUGCAUUCCAGCUACCUCGCUGUCGUUGUGAGUAACGAAGCAGCUGCGGUGGGCAAGGGCAAGUCGUCCAAGAAGCUGUCGGCGCUCUUCGCCAACCCCUCGCUGUCUUCGAUUGCCCAAGCAACAUGUGCUGCUGUGCCCCACAUCGCAUCCCUCGUCAGCCGCCGAGACAUGUCAUUCUCCGAUGACCUGGUUAUCAAGACGGUUUACCUCGCCAAGAGCCCCGUGUUCAUUCGCGAACCAGCAUCGCGACGCACCAAAGGCAGGGAAGGUGUCGUCGGUGGACCGACUACAGCUCUCAUGAAGAGUCUGAGGAUGGAGGCUAUGGGCUGCCUGAGAGGACUGUUUGCCAAGUACGAUGAGCAGCGUCAAUGGAUCAUCGAGGAGAUUCUAGGGGAGCUGGGCAAGAGUCAUGAACAAGGAGCGGGACAGCACCAGUUCCACAGCUCAAUCAGCACCUUGAGUGCUCUGAUGCUUCAGCUUAUCCAGGCUUUGUCACACGGUGUCAAGGAGCGGAUACGCAAGCACCGAACUGCUCUGCUGGAUAACGAGCUUCAAUCGUCUUCAAGUUUACCGACUGGUGGCAUGUCAGGCCAUGAGACCCCGCCAUCCGCUCACGACUUGGAGAACCAAAUCAUGACCGACGCAAUCGAGGUUGCCCUGCGCUCCACUCACACUAUUGUCAACCACCUUGUCCAGAAGUCUGGUGCGAGCAAAGCUGCCAAGGCUCCCCAAGACACCGACUACAAGGCCGUCUUGGACACCUUUGUGGCCGACCUUCUCACUGUUCUCUACCGCCCAGAAUGGCCCGCUGCUUCUCUCUUCCUGACCAUCCUUUCCAAGAUUUUGAUGGGAGCUCUCAAUGACCGCAACAAGAACACGACCGAGGCCAACGCUGCACGCACUGUCGCUCUCGACUACCUCGGUGACAUUGCCGCCCGCCUUCGUGCUUUGCACUUAGAGAUGGCUGCUAAACCUAUCGUCCCCAGCCUUGACGAGAUCAUCUCUGAGGCCAACGUUGAAGGCAUGGCCACUCUCCUGGCUGCCGAGGCCUCCAUCCAGACCUUCCUCACAACGGCAGCACGUGAUGACACCAUGUUUGAGUCAUCUGGGGACAUGACCCGCAUUAUUUGGGCACAAGAGCUCUUCCAAGGAUUACGCAAGGUCACCUCGGUCAUUGAGCGACUCGCAGUGGAAACAGACGACUCUGCCCUGCAAACACGAGAGAGCCUCCAGAUGGUUGCUCAAUCGAUGCGCAGAGCCGCUCGAGAUGUGUGGACCCCUGACGAUGGCUUGUUCGCGAUCAGUCAACCCAACCAGGCCGACGAAGCGCUCCAGGCAUCGCUGGCAGUGUCGCGUACUCGCUCUCUUCAAAACGCCUUUGAUCCUAUCCUUCACGCUCUUGUCACGGCUCUGGACCUCCCAGGCGUGGCUCAUCGCUCUAAGGCUCUCCGCGGUCUUGGUGGUAUCGUUGUCGCCGACCCAGAUGUCCUCGGCAAGCCUGUCGUCCGCGACGCCAUCGAGAUGACCUUGUCGGAUAACUCGCCUGCUGUUCGCGACGCAGCUGUCGACCUUAUCGGCAAGUACGUUGUUCAGAGGUCCGAGUGGGCGGAACAGUACUACCCUCUCAUCGCCGAGCGUGUCUUCGACUCUGGUCUGGGCGUCAGGAAGCGUGUCGUAAAGCUCCUCCGCGACAUGUUCGCCACGGCCGAUGUACCCGAAGUUCGCGUCAAGAUCUGUCGCAAGCUCAUCCAGGCAACGCAGGAUGAAGACGACGGCGUCAAGGACCUCGCUCUCAAGUCACUCUGCGAGAUUCUCUAUCCAACGUCUGGAUUCAACCCUGACAACACCGCCGCUCUCCUGGUUGACAUCCUGAACGAGAACAAGAAGUUAGACCCCACGCUGGAGUCUGCGCUGGAAGGAGUCUCAAAGCUCUGUGUGGCUUCAGGCAACAACGACUGUUUCCCUCAGACUAUUGACUCGCUCAUCAACCGUAUGGUUGAUGCCACCGAGCAGACAUCCUUUGAUGCCAAGAGCCAUAUUGGGGCCAUCUACUUGCUUAGCUUUGAGAAGCCCGCCCUUAUUGACACGAACAAGGCAUCGGUGUUGAUCACCUACUUGUUGAGCACGCCUGCCAACUCUGAAGAAAUGGCUACGAACGAUCUCCUUCUGCGCAUCUUCACCCGCUCCAUUCCAUCGAUGCCAAAGACGUCGUCGACGUUUGCGCAGGCACUCUCGAAGGAAGUGAGGUCCCUUAUCGGCAAGCCCAUCAAGCACACCUCCCUCCCUCAGCCGGUUGCUUGUUACUGCGCCGUGGUCAACAACCUCACCAAGGAGUUCCUCCCGCUCAUGAGCUUGAUGGGAACCUGUGUCGCCAAAAUCAGGAACGCCAGCCAGCAGAACCGGGCUCCGCCUACUUCUAUCUCGAUGCUCUACUACAUUACGGCUCUCAUUGCCGAGUUUGGCCAACUUGAGGCAGCUGCAUCCAACGACUCGGUGCUGAAGAAGACCCUCCAGGGCAUCACCAAGUCUGACCUUCCCUUGGCAGAUUACCUGUUCGACCUAUACCUGACAUUCUCGUCGGUUGCCGCGUCGCAAGAGAUUGCAAUUCUCUGCCUGGCUGCCCUGUUCCGAGCCAAUCCUCAGCUCAUUCUGCGGCCCAAGUCCGAGGCAUGGAUGAGGGGUAUUUUCAGCUCUAACAACGAGGACAGCCGCGCAUGGCUUCUCAAUCUCCUCCGUGACUUCCUCAAGUCUGAGGCGGUGCGGAGAGCUAAGAGUGUUGGUACAAAGGGCGUCAACGACCUCAUUGGCAGCGCCAACGACCUCCACGAAUCUGGUAUCUCUACCGCUCUCGUCCAGCGGAACAUUGAGGCUAUCGUUGAUGGCGCCAAGUCUCACCACCGUGCCCUUCAGGCAGCCGCAAUGGACUGUCUGGCCUUCACUAUCAACCAGGGUCUCUACCACCCGCUGCCCUUGUUCUCGCUGUUGAUCUCCCUCGAGACCAGCGCGGACGAGCGUAUUCGUAACAGUGCUCUCGCUCUCCAUGCCACGUUGCACACCAAACACGCCUCCAUCCUCAAUGUUCGUUUCCUGGAGACCGCAAGGGCUUCGUACGACUACCAGCGCUCCGUCACCGCCGAGGUCUCGGGUCACCGUCGUGGCGUUGCUCUGCUCAACGGCUGGUGGCAGCUGCUUGGCGAGAAACGUCAAAUACGUCUGGAAUUCCUCCGGUUCAUUUCCAAGGCGUUUGAUGUCGACUUGCUUGGUCAAGGCGAGAUCGACCCAGGCUUCGUGCUCUAUGUUGCCGAGAACCUCGCCGUGCUCGAGUAUCACGCUCAGGAGGAGAUCAUGCAGGUUGUACAGUACCUCAGUCAGCUCGUCUCGCACGGCGCCGCCGUUGCCAACGCGAUCGAGCUGGCCGUCGUCCAGGGCAUGGGUAACGAGCCGCUUGUGGGCAAGAUGGCCGUGGUGUCUGAGAGCGAGCAGUUUUCAGCUGUCCGACUUGCCAAUGCCAGCAUCUCUGUGGCUUUGGCGCUGUUGACCAAGAACCUGCUUCUGGACGUCUAUGGCCUUACCGAGGACAAGUGCCUCAAGUUUCAAGCAGGCAAGAAGUCAGCCGUGGGCGAGCGCCUCGCCCAGAACAAGUACAACCACCCCGUUGCUCUUGACACGUCGCGCAUCCCACUCGUGCGCGGUGUCGAGACCGUUGGGGACUAUUUGGCGCAGCAGGCCACGUUGAUGAGGGAGGACGGCAGCCUGGGCUGGUCCAUGUAG